ACAAAUUCAGAUUGGAAAUAAGGCAAAAAAUGUUAACAGGGUAAUUAACCAUUGGACCAGUUUACCAAGGGUCGUGGUGGAUUCUCCAUCACUAACCAUUUUUAAACUGGAUUGGAUGUUUUGUCUUAAAAAAAAAACGCUCUAGGAAUUAUUUUGGGGAAGUUCUCUGGCCUCUGUUAUACAGGAGGUCAGACUAGAUGAUCACAACAGUCCCUUCUGGCCUUGGAAUCGAUGAUUACUGACUGCUAUAGCGGCAGCAAAGUAACACAAUCAUCCCAUAAUGCGUUUAACACUGUGUGCAAUUUAGAAUACACAAAUCUCACAGCAAUAAUAAGGGAGCCACAGGAGACCCUUCCACAAGCACUGGCAAGAAACCCUCUGAUAUUUCAGAUCCUACAGGAGUUCCCAAGAAGAUCAGGACUGAGGUGAACCUACUUGUCAGACAAACAUUUAUUUAUACUUGUUUCAUGCAGAUAAAUUAAGGAGAUGUAGCAGGACAAAGAUCACUAUUUGAAAUGCUAAACAUGUUGAAUAGAAAUCACGGCUGAUGUCCAUUAAUAAUUUUAAAAGCUUUGCAAACAUCACUAAAACCCUUUUCCAUUUUACUACUGCUAAAAAGCAUAUAUUUCUUCUCCGUGAACAGACAGGUCAACUCUAACUAUGGCCGCAUCCUGCUCCUUUUACUCAUUCACUUAGGGUAUGUCUACACAGCAAAUGAAGGAGUAAUUGUAAUGCAUUUAAUCUAGCUAGCACACGGAACAGUGGUAAUGAAGAUGUGGUGGCACAGACUUCAAUAUGGGCUAGCAACCUGAGUGCAUACCCAGGGUCCCUGGCAGGCUUGUACUGGGUCACUUUCCCCAUGCUGAAGCCUGGCCACCAUGUCUACUCUAUUAUUAUUAUCCUCUCUAGCUAGGUUAAAGCUAGUAGGGGUAUGCCUGCCUGUGCUACAAUCACACCUUCAUUUGCUGAGUAGAUAUACCCAUAAACCUAAGGCAAUGGGACUGAGUGCAAGCAGGAUUUGAGGCCACUAUGGGGUCCCUCAUAUGGGAUUUGUAAAGAUAACCAGUAUCUGUAUAAAGUUGUAACUGCAAUACACUACUGCUGUGUUUUCCUGUCAUUCUUCUCUUGCAGGGAUAGGCAGCUACGUUAAACUACUCAUGUUUAAGAGCUACAAGGAGCUUUUUCAUGCAAAUAAUAUGAUCUUCCUUGAAAGAGUUAAUAAGGCACUCAAAGUAAAUACUGUACCAAGCACAGCAGCAUUUAAUUUCCCAUAAUUGUUCUGUCCCCUGUUGCCUAAAAUGCUUUUCAUAUCCUUCUGGGUUCAGGUGUUUCUGUUGCUGGAAGGUAAAGACAAGUAGUGACAAGUAUAUUGUAUUGUGUUAAAAACUAAGAAGAUCAUAUGACCUAGAAAGAGUGCGAGAGAGGCUCACGCGCACACAGUGUUAGAGCCCAUCAGCACAUUAAACAAUGGAGAAAUGGUUUGUAGCUGAUAGGAAUGAAGAGCAGUUAAUAUGCAGCAGGAAAAGCAAAACUAGAGAAGAAUCUGCACCUAUUUCUGCAUUCAUUGGACAAGCAGCACAUUUCUCUAGCCUUUAAUUUAUCCUUUUAAAAAAUGGUGUGGAAAUUUAGUGCUUGCGUAAGGUCUAAACUGAAAAACCAGGAGACUGAUGUCCUCGAGCCACAGGACAGGUACAGUACAAGGCAGCAGCAGCACAAACUUCACCCACAUUGCCCUGGCAUGGUGUCUCCAUUCUCACCCAGAGCAACCAUCUCUAAGCCUGAGACAAUAUAGCAGUCUACAUGCCCAUUCAAUCCAUGGCCUCUCUGUUGAGGUCAGCAAAAAUGCCAAGUAGUGUCAGUUAUGAAGGGUUUUAGACAUUUUAAAUGGACAUUUGCAUCUGAUCCAAAUCCCAACAAAGUCAAUGGAAGCCUUUCCACUGCCUUCAGUGUGCUUAGGAAAUGGCAUGUGUUCUUCAGGAACUGGACUGAGAUCGCCAAACUCAUGGCAUGGCCACUGAACAGUAUUUUUCUAGCUUCAGUGGUGGAUGGAGUUCCACUUACAUUUCCAUAACAUUUCAAAUAACAGUUAAUUAGGUGUAAUGUUCCCCUUCAAAAAGAAACUAAAAUAGAAAACACGAAUUGCAUGUUUUGAAGGUCAUUCCCAGUUCAGCUCUUUUGUGUCUUAUUUGUCUCAUGAUUUCUCCCUGCAUUUUUGUGCAUACUUAGGUGAUUCUGUGUUAACUGAAUUUGCAAGUGGGUGGUAAUGUUUUCCACAAGAACAGGAAACACAUUCUCAAAGGCACUAGAGUUUCUCUUUCAACAAAAUAUAGAGCAUGAUUGAAAGAGUGAAGGAGGCUGAUGGUAGCUGAGCUGUGCCACAAGUGUCAAGUGUUAUGUGCCACAAUUCGGAAACCCAGUAGUCGUGAUGAGCAGUAUUUUUCUAAAAUCUGGACAUUAUAAAUCAAAAUAUUUAGCCAGAUUACAGUGAAAAGAUGAACUAGUUUUUAGGGACAAGGUACCCAGGUGUUGAGGUAUUGGUGAAUCUGAUUGUUGAAGCUCAAAUGGGGAGCAGCUGGCUCUCAACUCCUCUGGAGCCUGAUCCUUAUUCUAAUCUUGUCAACAUCUAUCUUUAAAGAAACACACCCAUAAUAUGUGGGGAGAGGUUCAUCCACACCAGCAGGAUCUCUGAUGAAGGAAGUAGGUAGGCACCCCCCAGUGCAUCCCUAUCAUCACCAGACCUCAACUGCUUGUUUUACUGAGUGUCUAAUGCCUGCAGCAGACACAUCUGUAUAAAACAUAAUAGGAUCAGACCUGUUUGUCUCCUUCUGGGAUGUGUAUUAAAAGGAAGUGCUUGAUCCUGCACAGUUUUCCUACUUACCUCAGUAAUAGCUCACCUGAAUAAGACUUAUGAAGAGAUAAUUAAAAAACAUUCUCCUGGUACCUUCCAAAAAGGAUCCCUAAGUGUCCUAACUCAUUAUGGAAACAUCAGAGCCAGAAUUCUGUCCCUUCAGCAGUAGAGAGCACACAAAAUCAUACAAAUAACUUGUUUCUAGCACUUUAUUUGGUUAUUAAGGAACAGGGCAAAUUUUAGGUACUUUUCAAAAUAACAGCAUAACCCUCACUCUAUAUAGCGCCUUGCAAAUGGGAUGUGACUUGCCAGUUAGGUAGUGAGGACAGCAAGCUAUGUCCCUGGGGAACCUACUUAUUCUUUCAUAGGCUAGUAGACGUAAAUAUAUGUUCAAGGGCCUCAUAAAGGCUUGAAUAUUUUUUUACAUUGAUCAUUUUCCCAAAUUGGCUCCUAAUAAAAUGGCCAACAUGAAGUUGUACUUGCUUCUAGGAUUGUUUGCAUUCUUUCUGCGUAUGCUGGUCAUUCAAGGUGCAGAAGCUACAUGUAGAUUGCUAGGAAAAUUUGAUUUACAUGGCUAUGUGGAAUCUGAGAACCAUAUGCUGAUAAUAGGAGGAAUGUUUCCCAUUCACUUCAGGACUAUACCAGAAAAAGAACCAACUACUUCAGAGACAGUGUCACCAAAAUGUGAAGGAUUUAACUUCCGAGGUUUCCGUUGGGCCAGAGCUAUGAUACAUGCCAUCCAGGAGGUGAACAAUAGGCUAGAUAUUCUACCAAAUAUAACACUGGGUUAUCACAUCUAUGAUACCUGCUUUACAACAUCCAAAACUGUUGAAGGGACUUUGGCAUACUUGACUGGACAGAAUGAAACAAUGCCCAACUUCAGAUGCAGUGCUGGUGCACCUCUUGUAGCAGUCAUUGGAGCUGGUGGAUCAACAUUGACUAUUGCUUCUUCAAGAAUCGUAGGGCUCUAUUAUUUCCCUGAGGUUGGUUAUGCCUCCUCCUGCUCGGUUCUUUCUGACAAAUACCAGUUCCCUUCCUUUCUGCGCACUAUACCGAAUGAUAACCAUCAGUCACUGGCUAUGGCAGAACUUGUUCGACAUUUUGGUUGGGUAUGGAUAGGAACAAUAGCAGCAGAUGAUGACUAUGGAAAAUACGGAAUCAAACAUUUUAAACAAAAUGUAGAGAAAUCUGGAAUCUGCAUUGCUUUCUCUGAGACCAUUCCAAAAAUAUUUUCCAGGGAAAAAAUACUAGCAGUUGCGGAAGCUAUAAAAGAAUCCACAGCAAAUAUCAUUGUAGUGUAUUCCUCUGAUAUUGACCUCAGUCCCUUAAUGGAAGAAAUUGCAAACAGUAAAAUUACUGGCAAAACCUGGAUUGCAAGUGAGGCCUGGGUUACAUCAGCACUAAUUGCUAAACCUGAAUAUUUUUCAUUCCUUGGUGGGACCAUUGGUUUUGGAGUACGGAGAGGUGACAUACCAGGAUUAAAAGACUUUCUGCUUGAUGUGCAUCCAGAUAAUGAUGCUAGUGAUGACUUGACUAUAGAGUUCUGGCAGACUGCUUUCAAUUGCACUUGGCCUAACAGCACGGUACCUUAUAAUACAGAUUUUAGAAUAAAUGUAACAGGUCGAGAGAGUGGAGUACAUCCUGUUUCUGAUCAGCUCUGUACUGGAAAGGAGAAAUUGGAAGACAUAAAAAAUACCUACCUGGAUGUUUCAGAGCUCAGAAUAACAUAUAAUGUCUAUAAAGCUGUGUUCACUGUGGCCCAUGCCCUUAACAAUUUAGACACCUGUGUAGAAGGAAAUGGACCAUUUCCAAAAAAUUCCUGUGCAAUUAUAUAUGAUUUUGAGCCCUGGCAGUUAAUGUACUAUCUGAAGAAUGUUAAAUUUACAACCUUUGACAAUGAGCUAGUAAAGAUAGAUGACAAUGGAGAUGUGUAUGCGUCAUAUGACAUUAUAAACUGGCAGUUGAAUGAGACUGGAGAAAUCUCCUUUGUGAAGAUUGGAAUCUAUAAUGAUACAAAAGAUGGGCAUGAGAUGAAGAUAUAUAAUAACGACUCCAUAUUCUGGAACACUCCAACAUUAAAACCUCCGCGUUCUGUGUGUACUGAAAACUGCCAACCUGGUGCUAGAAAGGGGAUCCGACACGGGGUGCCUGCAUGCUGUUUUGUCUGUAUUCCAUGUGCAGAUGGAGAGAUAAGUAAUGAAACAGAUGCAAGAGAAUGCUUUCCAUGUCCUGAUGAUUACUGGUCCAAUACACUCAAGAAUGAAUGUGUGCUAAAGGAGGUGGAGUUUCUGGCUUAUGAUGAAGCUUUAGGGACCACACUGGUAGCUCUCUCUCUAUUUGGAGCUUGUAUUGUCCUUUCUGUGACCAUUGUUUAUAGGAUGCACAGGGACACUGCUCUUGUGAAAGCCAAUGACCGAGGGUUGAGCUUUCUCAUUCAGCUAUCUCUUGUCAUUACUUUGUUAACUUCCUUCCUCUUUGCUGGUAAACCAAAAGAAUGGUCGUGUCAGAUCCGCCAAGUGACUCUUGCCCUGGGGUUUUCUCUUUGCUUGUCCUGUAUACUGGGAAAAACUUUUGCACUCCUGUUAACAUAUAGAGGUAGCAAGUUGAAGGCUGCAGAGAAGCAUGACCAUAUAUCCAUGCAAUCUUUUCAUCAAAAACUUCUUGUGCUAAUCUCUAUGAUAAUUGAAGUGUGUAUUUGCACAGCCUAUCUCACAUGUAUACCUCCAUAUGUGUACAAAAAUAUGGAAUUCCAAAAUGUAAAGAUCAUUCUUGAGUGUAAUGAAGGCUCCAUAGAAUUUUUAUGUACUAUGUUUGGGUUUGAUGUAUUUCUUGCUGUAUUAUGCUUCAUCACUGCCUUCAUAGCUCGCAAGUUACCAGAUAAUUUCAAUGAAGCUAAAUUUAUCACUUUUGGGAUGCUGGUAUUCUUCAUAGUCUGGAUUUCUUUUGUUCCAGCCUAUUUAAGCACAAGAGGGAAAUUCAAAGUAGUUGUUGAGAUAUUUGCAAUUUUGGCAUCAAGCUUUGGUUUGCUUGGUUGCAUAUUUCUGCCAAAAUGUUACAUUAUUUUACUGAAGCCAGAAAGGAAUACAGAGGAAAUAAUGUCAGGCAAAGCCACCACUAAUGACAAGAGUGCUCCAUCCACCUCAGCCUCAUGCACCAGUGAGGUUACCAACAGUACCCUCUCCACAAUGGUACUUGAUGAGUAGUAGUAGGUUUUUUUAGUUCUUGCUCUUCAGCAUUUACUGUGAUGAUGUGCUUUAUCUUCCUCAGUACUGACAGACAACUCCAGUGGAUUCUCAUGUAUCAUCAGAUUGCCAUUAUUUCCAGUGGAAGUUAUGGAUUCUGGUUCUCGAUGACACAACCAAAUUCACACCAUAUUACAUGUGCUGAGAAAAUAAUGCGGGUCAUCACUGGGGAGCUUUUAUGGUUGGAUUUUUGCUUUUCUGAUAAAUAAAUAGGGGUGUGUGCAGAGUGAGAGAGGUGGAAUGAGAGAAGCAUAUGUUCUUGUGGGAUAUUAAAUGCUUGUCUUUAGGGCUGUGUGAAACCUACUCGCUCUGAGAAACCUACUCGCUCUGACUAUGUGUUUCAGCAAACGUUACCUUUAAGUAUGCUUGCCAACUUUCUAAUUGCAAAAAACUGAACACUAUUGCCCCACCCCUUCUAUGAGACCCCGCUCCUUCUCCAAGGCCCUGCAACUGCUCAUUCCACCCCACCUCCCUCUGUGGCUCACUCUCUCACACCCUCGCUCACUCACUCAUUUUCACUGGGUUGGGGC